AAACUGACAGAAGCAACAUACCAAAGCAGCUGAAGGAAAAACAAAGCAAUAUCUCAGCAGUAUUGGCGAUUAUACAUGCGGCAGUUAUUUUGCUAGUUUCUUCAAAGACUUUACGAAUAUACAUAUAUAUAAAUUGUGAAUGUGUUUAGUGUAAUCGAUUGGAAUAUAGCUUUGCUCGAUCUAGAACGAUGCAAAACUAUGAACACACGAUCGAGGAAUUGACGCAACUGGCGCAGGAUAAGAUCGACCUCGGGGAAAAGCUGCUCAAAAGUCUUUCUCAACGCAACACCAUCGAAGGAGUGAAGAAAAUUCAGAAGAAAAUCAGCCAAGAGCUUAAAUUUCUCAACCGAGUGAAAGCGAAUCGAACAGUCACUAUCAAUCACAUUCUUUGCAGCAACCUGACCCAUUUCGGCUGUCUUGUGGAUUGCUUGUUAGAGAGUGCGAACGUAAAACAUGUCGACUAUCCCCUUCCGGUCGAGGAUCGUGCAUGUCCACUGCGGGUGGAUAUCGUUUGCGACGGUGGCGCUACAUGGAUCAAGGUGAUUGCCCGCAAUCCCAAAUCGCUCAGCGAUGCAGUUUACGGUCGCACAAGCUACGGCUCGAAAUCAAUACUGGAGCAGGCGGAAGAGUACGUUCAGGCGGCCUGCCACUUUCCUUACAUGUUCCGGCCGCCGACGGUUGUGUUUCGCUUUCUCAGCAAGCUUGAAGGCGAGCUGGUCGAAGAACUACAGCGAAUCGGAGUGCGCGUGGUGAUCCUUGCGGAAGAAGCAUGCGAUAACACUCGUCAAGAGGGAGGAAUCCAAACGGCUUGCUCGUCCGCUUCCUCUAUCUCGGAAUGCAAUCCAAAGGACGAAAUAAACCUGUUAAAUGUAGACGUUACCACACUAAUAGCAUACUGCAGCGCAAUGACCAAUGGAUCAGCUAGUUGGGAGUUCAAGCAACCACUGCUAUCGGAACAGGCUCGCUGGGAACGGGAUAAACCAGUGAAACCGGUGCUCGAGCGAUUGUUUGAGGGCAAGCGGCUGAUCUGCUGUCAAACGGCGUACGAUUCGUUCAACGACAUCCUAUCGAUAUUGGGCGGUGAGCAGGAAAAGGCACGUGCCAAGGAGCUGUUUAAUCGCGUACAUGUCCUGCCUGAUGUGGCACUGGAGCAAGCGCCGAAGGAGCUGCAAGCAUUGAAGCUGGGCGGUAAGAUACGUCCGCGUAGUUUGCAAGUAUUCGCCUUUGGACUGUCUCAUCGUGCCGUGACGGUUACGUCAAACGAAGGAUUUACGCGUGCAGCAAAAAUGCAGGGUCUCGAGGUCCCCGUCUUUUUGCAUGAUGCUAGGGCCCUUACGGAGGAUAAGGAAAAAACUGCUAAACCACUGCCAGAGUGACUUUAAAAUGUGUACAACCGCUCCGCGUCACGACACGUUUAGUAAUUCAAAAUUAACUUAUCGACCAUCCGAGUAAAAGUCAAACAGUCAAUAAUAAAUAUGGAAGUCUUAUUUUACAAA